AUGGGUGAUUUACCCUCUCCCAGAGUUCAACCAUCAAGACCUUUUGCAGUCACCGGUGUUGAUUAUGCUGCUCUAAAAAGAUUUAUCGCCCGAAGAGGUAAACCAUCUAAAAUUUCGAGUGACUGUGCUACUAACUUCAAAGGUGCUAGUAAGGAACUGAAGGGGAUUUAUAAAAAUGCAGCUCGCAUUGAGAAAAGUAGUGAAUUAUGUGACUACAUUACCUCAGAAGGUAUAACGUGGUUAUUUAAUCCUCCGGCAUCUCCUCACUACGGUGGCUUGUGGGAAUCUAAUGUGAAAUCCAUGAAAUUUCAUCUUAAACGAGUAUUAGGAUCCACACUUCUAAUUUACGACGAGGAAUUUUUAACAGUGCUUACACAAGUGGAAGCGUGUAUGAAUUCCCGUCCUCUUUGUGCGAUGUCUAGUGAUCCAAACGACUUUAGUGCAUUGACUCCAGGUCAUUUUCUGAUUGGAGCCCCUUUGCUUGCCAUUCCGGAAUCUGACUUGAGUGAUGUGAAAUCUUCACGUUUUAAACGUUGGUCUCUAGUUCAACAGACUGUGCAACAUUUUUGGAAACGAUGGUGUGCAGAAAAUUUAACAAACUUCAACAACGUGCUAAGUGGUUUCGUGCGUCUCUAA